GUCUGCCGGGUUUUUCUUCGAGACUCGCCUUGUACCUUCAGACGUCACCAGCACUGCUUCGGUCGGUAACGGGGCGGGAGUCUACGUAGUUGGCCACCCCCAAAAGGAGGCAAAUACACAUAUACGUUGAACAGAAUCUCAAGAAAUCCUUCAGUUUGUCUGUCCCUGUUCGUUUUCCCUCUUUCCCUCUUUCCACACGCACAAACACACACACACACAUGACGCAGCGCAACGCCGGCCCAACGUCCUCCUUCGAUGACGCGGCGGACGUCACGCACUCCACCGCGUUCGCGGUGCUGAACGCCCUCGUCGACGAGGGCCAAAUUUCUGAUGAGCGCGCGGAGUAUUUAAAGCAAAAGUUCACCGAGCUGCACUCCCGCGUCCUGGCUAUUUACAAGCGCGACAAUGCGCUGCUGAAGCGAGCGCGACAGCUGCGGAGCCGCCUCGAGGCGGAGCGGCAAAACGUCCUCUCCUGCGGCGACUCGGCCAAGAAGGACGACGAGAUCAUCCAAAGCCUCAAGCGCACGUUGAUGGAGCAGGAGCGUGACUUGACCGCUGCGCUUGAGCGCGAAAGCGUUCUGCAAGUCGAAGUGCUGGAGUACGAUCGGCGCAAGCAGCACCUAAUUCUCGAUCGCGAGGACGCCGUGGCGGCGGAGGAGGCACGUCUGCGCCCGAAGAUGGAGGCGCUGCAGAGCGAGAUUGCGGACAUGAGCAACCACAUUAAAGAGGUGGCCGGGGAACAGGAGCAGGCGGAUGCGGAGUUGGCUCGGCUGACGCAGGAGGAGGCGCAGCAUCGGAGCGUGAUAGCGAACUUUGACACCACGCUGGCGCAGGCACGGCAGCAACUGCAAAAUGUCCAAAAAGACCCCGAGCGCGCGCAGCGGCAGCUGGAUCUGGUGCUGGGCAGCCUUUCAGGUGCUGAGCGGGAACUGGGGAGCACGGAGGAGAAGAUCGCCGCGCACGCCCAGCGCAUUGCCGCGUUGGAGUUUCAGCGCAACAGCCGCACCGGUGACUUCGAGGCGGUGAAGAAGCGCGUCCUGGCAAUUCGCACGGAGAUGGAGUCGAAGCGCAAGACGCUCGCCACCAUGAACACCUCCCUGGAGGUGGAACUGGAGGCGCGGCAAUCGACGCAGGAGCGCGUGGCCGAGCUGGAGCAGCUGCUCCUCACCACGAAGUUCGCACUGCAGCAGGAGAUGGACGGCGUGGACCGGAUGGAGCGGGAAAAGGAAAAGUACAUGCGGGUGUUCUCCUCGCUGGAGCAGGCCAAGGACAACGCGCGGCAUGAGUGGGAGUUGCUGCAGGAACAGGUGCGGCUGGUCGAGAGGGAGGUGGAGCAGGUGAACCGCACCACCGCCGGUGUCAAAAAGGAAUGCGAGAGUUACCGCAAAGACAUCGAGGUGCGGACGCGCAAGCUGCUGGCCGAGCAGGCGAAGUCGAAGGAGUUUGUCGGACAGGCCGAUCGUGUGCUGAUGGCGAUACGCGAGGUGGAGGACACCCUCGCCGCCAAGGUGAAGCAGGACGAAGUGAAGCAGCGCGAACUGAAGGCGCUGGCGACAAAGCGUCAGGAGCUGAGCCGCGCCAGCGCCCGCGAGGCGACCCGGCUCACACUGGCGCAACAGGAGAUGCAGAUGCGCCAGAUGUACGUCAAGGAGGCGCGGCGCCGUGGUGCGGAGCUGGAGAAGCGGCUGAACAAACUUGUGGACAUGUUCCAAAAGGUGAAGCGCGAGCGGGCGCAGAAGGCGACGCAGAUCCAAACCAUCACUCAGGCCAUGACGCAAGUCGCGGAGAAGACGAAGCUGCUGGAGCGCGAGCUGUCGGUGCUGAAGCGGGAGUCCACCUUGAAGGAGCAAGAAAUCACGAAGUCCAAGUAUCAGGCGCACGAACUCACCCAGAUUUGCGCCAAUCUGCGGCUGGAGAAGAACCGGCUGCGCAAGAAGUUGGAGAAGGCCACGGACAGGGAGCGGGAGGUGAAGUCGCAGGUGCGUCGGCUGAACGCGGACAUCGCCGCGACGGAGGACACGAUGACGGAUCUGCGGCGGUCGUACGCGGCGGCGGUCGAGGGGCGCAAUCAGGUCGGCAUCCAACUCAUCGACCGCAACGACGAGGCGGCGCUGCUGGUGGCGCGGGUGACGGCGCAGGAGUCGGCCAUCGCGGAGGGCACAAAGAUGACGAACGCCAGUGCAGUGGAGGUGCGGCUCUUAAAGGCGAAGUUGGCGAACUUGCUGCGCGACAUCGAGGCGUGCCAGCAGUCUCUGCCAAAAGUGACACAGAUGGAGCUUGAGCUGACCCGCGUGCAAGACGAAAUGGAGGCGGAGCAAUGGCGGGCGCAGGUGUUGGAGGAGGACCUCACCGACCCGAAGAACCCACACCGGUGGAAGCACAUCCCACUGGCCAUUGCGAGCAACACAGCCGUGCCGGUGGUGUCCGAUGAGGUCACGACACCCGUACGGGCGGUGGGACGGAGGGAGGCGGCGGGGUCGCAGGAGGGCAACGCGGCUCCUGUGCCGACGGUGGCCGCUUCUUCUCCUUCGUCACCCGCUGACGCCGCGGCAGCCGUGACAUCCGCAGCCACGUUGGACCAAAACAGCGCUGUGAACGCGUCGGCGACACUGGCGCUGGUGGGAGGGCCGUCCGAGGAGUAUGUCCGCCUGCAGGCCCGCUGCCAGGAGCUGGAAAGUCGCAUGCAGACCAUCACCGCGAAGCUGCGCGAGAAAGACCUUAUUCUGGAGGAGGUGUCGGAGCUGGCGGAGCGGGUCGGCGGUCAGGCGGAGUCCGGCAAGGACGUUACCCUGGCCCUCGCGAAACAGGUGAACAAGUACCACAGCAACAUCCGCGGCAAGAGCCGGCAGAUGAUGGCGACCAUUUCGGAACUCUCCCUCUUCCAGGCCUCCAGCAUUCAGCUCCAGCAAGAGGUGCAGCGGCUGGAGGCGGUCGUGGCGGAGGCGGAGCAGCGGAUGGCGACCGGCGAUGCCCCUUUUGCGGAGGCGGAGGAGCAGUACGAGCGUAGGAAGCAGGUCGACGAGCGCUACGCGGCGGCACGGCAGCAGCGCCGGCAGGCCGCGCAGGCAGCCGAGGCGAGGGAGGCCGCGCAGGCGAUCGCGACGACAGCGGAGCAGCGGCCGAAUGCUUACAUUCCGGAAGAUGAUAAGCUGGGCCUUGCCCGCCCGUACGGCCCCUUUGCCCCUUUCAAGUCUUCCACGACCCGCGUGAUGCUCACCCCCGCGCGCACGGCAGCGGCGUGGUCCACGGCGAGCAAUCGAGGUAUGAAUAGCACGCCGGCGCAGUCGCAGGCCACGCAGCCGGCCGCGUCGCCUGCGUCGUCCUCGCCGUCCUCGCGCCCCGCUGCUGCCCACCAACAGUCGGGGACUUUGCCGCUGAAAGCGCGUGGCCCGACCACACCUCCCGCCUCGUUCACUUCCGCCUCACCGGUCGGCUCAGGUGCUGUCGUGACAUCCUUCAGCAGCUCGUUACCAAGGAAUCGGAGAGUUGGACAAGAGCCGCAAUACGGGGCGGCCACCGCAAGUCCCGCCAUGGUGGCCGCCUCGGAAGAGCUGCACGACGAUAGCGACGCCGUUGAUCGAAAUCCCAACGUGGCGUCAUCCCUGGAGCAACUUCGGGUGAGUGAGCGCGGCCUGAGCGGGGACUCUAGCAGCCGCAGGGGCUUUUCCGCCACGCAGUGA